AUGAGCAGUGCAGCAAGCGCUACACAACGUCUUCAGCCGAAACGUCAAACGCUUGAUGAAGCGUACGCACCACCGGCAAAUUUUCUUGAAAUCGAAGUGGUGAAUCCAAUUACGCACGGUGUUGGAAAAAUGCGCUACACGGACUACGAAAUCAGACUCAGGUCCAAUUUGCCGGUUUUCAAGCAAAAGGAAUCCAGUGUUCGACGCAGAUACAGCGACUUUGAUUGGCUUCGUGGGGAAUUGGAAAGGGAUAGUAAAGUGAGUUUUGUUAGUCUGUUUGCUUCACAGUAA